UAGAUUACAUGGUAAUAAAAGCCUUCUUAAUGUGUAGAAUGGUAUACAGCCUGAAAUAGAGUAGGCAUUCAGUCCUGUUUAUUGAAGGUAUAAAGGGACAAAGUAGAUAAUUAAAUAGUUAAUUCCUCUAGAGAAUGGUAGAUAAAGAAAAAAGUAUAGGAGACACCUGUAAGUUAAUGGUUACUCAAGAAAGUAGGUUUGUUUAACCACAAAACUAAGCAGGCUUGCUUAGCAACAAACCAUGCCACAGAAGCACAAGAUAUGCCUCAAAACAAUAAAAUAAUGGUGGCCUGAGACCCACAUUCUGCUCAGUGAGCUCAGUAAGGAAAUGACCCCUAUGACAUGCUCUCUGCACACUUAAAAUUCAAUAAUUUAUGGAAAGGUGACAGUUGAAAGACGCUCAUUGUACUGAGACCUGAAAUAAUUUUUCUAUGGAGCCCCGAUAGUCCUGGCUUGACCAUGUAGGGACAAGAAAACUCCUGUGCUCAGUUUGGAGAAGGAGCUGAUGAUGGAAGCAUGAUGUCCACUCAAGAAUGAGGGAGGAGGCAGCCUAUUCCCCCUGCCCACUUUCCCUUUGAUGAAAAGAAUGUAGCCCACCAAGUUCCCGGGGUGGCACCUUCUCACCCAGCUGUGUGUAAGCCUCACAAAUGUCCUAUUCUAAUAAAUAAUUUAUCCUUUAAAUAUAUUUAUUUUUGGCUGUUCUGGGUCUUGGUUGCUGCUCACAGACUUUCUCUAGUCACUUUGCCCUUCGCUGAAUUCUUUUUGUGCUGAGACAUGAAAGACCAGAGUUCCUUAGAACCCCCAAAACACCACCGACUGGAUUCAGAUGGUUGAUUGUUUUGUGGGUUAUAGUAGUAGAUUUUUAGCUUAGUCAGGCUACAACUCAUCACCAGGAAAGAUGAUGUAAAAUGACUUUUAAAGAUUUAACUUUAACAGCAUUAUCCAAUAAACAAACCACAUAGAACAAUCAAUCACACUGUCAAGAGACAGGGAUUCCUAGAUGGCACCGGUGGUUAAGAAUCCACCUGCCAGUGCAGCAGACACAAGAGACAUGGGUCAGUCCCUGGGUUUGGAAGCUCCCCUGGAGGAGGAAAUGGCAACACACUCCAGUAUUCUUGUCUGGCAGGACUGAUAUGGGUGAAAAAACAUUUGUACUCACAUCAAACUCUGCAGAGAACCCAAUGUUAUGGGAGAAUCUUUUGAUAAAGGGUAUCUUUGCUCCUACUCUAAAACUAGGUGUGUGAUUUGGAGCAGGUGUCAUACCUCUUGGUGCCUAGGUUCCUAAUUUACAAAAUGGGAAUAAAUCACCGGAAUACCUGACAGGAUUGCUGUAAGAUUAAAUCCCAUGAUGUAUGGAAGGCACUUAGUACUGUGCUCGGUACUUAGUGGAAGGGAGGAAAUAAACGUUAGUAGCGACUGUUAUUAUCUGUUGUGUGUGUCAUCAGUGAGCAAAGAGUGGUGGACCAGAAGUGUUUAUUGGUCUCUAAUUUGGCAGUUCUUUCUAUGGGUUUGUUUUUUUUUUUUCCCCAACCAAGAUUAUUGUUUAAGAAACAGCUUCCUUAUUUCAUUUCCUUGACUUUCAGCUUUAUAUAAGCACUUCCUUACUUAAGAAUGAUCAUUCUUCUCAGGUGUUUCUGCAUUUGCUAAAGCUGCAUCCCUCCCCUGUUGUUCUUUUUCUGUGGAUUGCUUACCCUCUUAGCCAAUGGACAACUUAGCAUUUGAAAUGCAUGAAGAUGCAAAACGGAAGGUUGUGUCUGAGGGGAAGGUGAACACCUCCAGAAUGGAAAAGACGAAGCAGUGGUCACUGAUGAGCAUUUUCCUGGUGUGUCUUUUGGCUUGCACCAUUACCACGGUGAUCGGAGUCCUGAUUGUCUCCUUGGUUUAUGUCAACAACCCUCAGCCUCAUUCAGAACCCGGAGCCCAAUCUCUGCAAACAGCAGUUCCCAUGGUGCCAAAGGCUGUUGAUCCAAAAUUUCAGUUUCUUAAUCAUUUAUCUAAAUCUAAGGUGUUUGAGUUCCCUGGUGGCGCAAUCCAGUGGGCCCGGUACAGGAACAACGCCAAUGACUACCUCAGCAUUGAAGAGGAGGCCUUUGGAAGCAGCUUGAACAGCCAGAGAUCACAGAUGAGCCUGGGGACCCUGAGAAUAAAAAGCAGUGGCCUCCGGGCCCCUCACUGGCACUUCAAUGCCAACGAACAUGGCUAUCUUGUACAGGGGACGGCAUGGGUAGGGGUGGUUGAUGAUGGUGCUGUCGUUACCACGUACAAUGUUACAGCUGGCCAAGUGAUCUUCUUCCCGAAAAACACAGUGCACUGGAUAAAGAAUGUGGGGAGUGAAGACUGCUUUUUCUUGCUCUUCUUUUCUACACAUGAGGAACUUCAGACCCUGGAUGUUGAUGAUGUAUUUUUUUCUACACCUGAGGAUAUUGCUUCCAGGUCACUUAAGCCUGAAGGUGGAAUUAAUUUCAUCAGAACAUUCCAUAAGCAAGAGGAGGAUCAGGGGGUCAAUCUUCCUCCCAACUUGGCAGAACUGGUUGUCAAUGCUAAUUACUCACAGUCUCCAGAUAACUUUGUGUGGAGGUACUUCUAUGACUUGAAAGACUCAAAAGAACAUCGAUUUCCUGGAGGAAUAAUACAGUUGGCACAAUAUUGGAAAAAUAGAAGUGAACUGAGCCACAAUGAAAAAAUUUUUAGUGAAUUCCUGAAUCAGCAUCAAAAAGCCCUCACUUUGAGUACACUCAGGAUUUAUAACAAUGGAUUACGACAGCCACACUUUCAUUUUAACGCAAAUGAAAUGGGAUACGUAAUAAGUGGAUGUGCAAAGGUGGGCAUUAUCAAUGCUCAGAGUUUCACAGAGUUUAACAUUCACAUUGGAGAUGUGAUAUUUUUCCCCACUGGAACCCAGCAUUACAUUAAGAGCACAUGCGAUGAGGAUUUGCUUCUCAUUCUUGCCUUCAGCACUGGAGACCAGUUGCAAACCCUUGACAUGGAUGAUUAUCUCCAGGCCACCGCAGACCACAUCCUGGCUCAGCUUUUCUUCAAGAAGCAAAGUGAGUUUAAGAAGAUCCCCCAAUUUAAGGAAGACCAGGCAGUCAACCUGCCUUAGAUUUGCUGACGUGUUCAUAUCUAUUUUUAUUUCUUCAUAUGUUAUUACUGUUUUUAAACAAGGUCCACUUGGCUCAUGAACUUGGAGCUCCUUACAGAGUGACAUUGGUCAAGCAGGUGUGAAAGCAGCCCCACGGGCUCAUUUAGCUAAGAUCAUAGGCAACUCGUGCUAAGCGAACAUUUCCGUGUACUCUGCAGCUUAUCUACAGAGGGGCUCUGCUCAAUUAAAUUACUAUUUUUUAAUGGAUUUUAGUAUGCAUGUAUAUAUUUAUUUUGCUUUUGUUGCAUCAGAUUUAUUACUCCAAAUGAAAAUCCAUUCUUUUUUUUGCACAUGAGUGAAACUUAGUGCCAUGCUUGUAUUUUUGCUAUUCAUCACUGUGGAAGGAAGUAUGGAGAUCAGCCUACUUAUGUACAUACAUACGGACGCAGCCAGAAGAAGCCAGGUGCAUCUAACCUUGUCUGGAGAGUUUAGUGUAGAAUCUUAGGUUAUCCACUCUCAAUGCUUUUGUCGACAUGAAGAUACCUUUUAUAAGGCUCAAAAUUUCAAGGACUCACAUGAGUAGUUUACAUAUUGUAUAUUAGCUGAGGAAAUACUUAAUGGCAAACUAAUUAUAAAUUCAAUAUUUUCUUUGAAUGUAUUUGAAUUUUAUUAAUCACAUCACAGACUAUUUACUUUUGAGGAACAGUCAUCUGUAUAUUUGAGAAGCAAGUGUUUCUUUAGUCUAUUGGGUGGGUGUGUAUGUGGAUUUGAAGACUACUUUUCAUCACUUGGAAACUGGUAGGAGCUGGUGGUCUCUAAGUUGGGGGUCAUUGUCUUAAGUAGAAAAGAGUUUGUUCAAAUCUAAUCAGUGCUUGAUUUUUCUUUGUUGUUUUGUCACUAAGUUGUUCUAACUCUUUGCAACCCCAUGGACUGUAGUCUACCAGGUUCAUCUGUCCAAUUUUCCUGGAAAGAUUACUGGAGUGGUUUGCCAUUUCCUCCUGCAGGGGAUCUUCUCAACCCAGGGAUCGAACCUGUGCUCCCUGCAUUGGCAGGCAGAUUCCUUACUACUGAGCCGCCAGGGAAGCCCUGAGUUUUCUUUAUAGUUUAUCUUAAUAGGUAUCUGGUACCUCUGCGUUUUGCUUGGGUACCACUGUCAAUUCUGGGCUAUACUAUAUACAGCUCUAGUCAGUAUUGACACUUGUUAAUGCUUUCAGCCAGCACCCUCUUUCAGUUAUAUUUCCCUGACUCAUAAUGAAAUUUUUAGAUAUUUUAAGGAUGUUGGUUCUUAGCUGAAGAAGGAAUCUGUUUAUAUGUUCCUUUCUCUCUCUCUCUCUAUGUGUGUUUCUCUCUUUAGAUAACUAGCUCUGUUGACCUUAUAGAAGACAGAGAAUCAGGAAUGACCCCCUUUGAUGGGGGAGUAGUCGUCUGCAUAUUAUAUAUGAUCAGGUCAUGAAAGGCCUGUCAUCCCUUGCUACCAAGGUGUAUUUACCUUAUUGCCAUUUUCCAGGAGAGCCAGCUGAGAUUAGAGCUUAGUAGCACAGGGGAUUUUGUGGUGGUAGUCUUGCUUUGAAGAGACUUUGUAGGGAGUUUGUCACCAUCCAGGAGGAGGCGCAUGGUUGAGAAGAUGCAGGGAGGAGCAUAGGACAAUAGGUGUGUGGAAGGUGGAUGUCCAAAGAGAGGGAGAGUAAUCAUAAAAGGAGACGGCGGUGUGUGUGGACAGAGCUUACCUGCAAAUCUUGUUUUACUUUGGGACUUUUUAAAAAUAUACUAUUAACUAGGUGAUAAUCCCUUUUCUUGAAUCAGGAAGUGUAUCUGAUUACUAUGUGGUCAUUUAAUAAAGAUUUUGUGUAUCUGCAUAUUAUUUUGUCAUUUAAUUUUUUCUUCUUUUUUAAAUUUAUUUUUAAUUGAAGGAUAAUUACAAUAUUGUGUUGGUUUCUGCCAUACAUCAGCAUGGAUCAGUCAUAGGUGUACGUAUAUUCCCUUCCUCCUGAGCCUCCCUCCCACCCCAUCCCACAGCUCUAGGUUGUCACACAGCACUGGUUUGAGUUCUGUGAGUCAUACAGCAAAUUCCCACUGUUUUGUCAUUUAAUUUUAAAUGAAGCCUGUUCUUGCAGUUUUAUGAAUUUGGCACAUUACUGGAUUCCUUCUAUGCAUCCUUGAAAUAUGCUAUAUCAUCAUCUAAAGAAAAAAUAUUAUGGUGUUGGAACUCUCUGGGUUUCCUGACUUAGGUUUCCAGCCUACUAUGUAUUUAAAAAAGAAAACUAGUAAAAAUAAAAUUGAAUGAUCUAAUGAAGACAUAUUAA